AUACGAAUCGUAGCGUUGUGCCGGCCACAAAAUGGAUCCCGACUGCUUUGCCAUGUCCUCGUACCAGUUUGUCAACUCGCUGGCCUCCUGCUAUCCGCAGCAGAUGAAUCCGCAGCAGAGCCAUCCGGGCGCCAAUGGCAGCGGCGGCAACAGCGGCGCGGGCGGAGCGAACGGACAGGGCAACUCCGGCGCCGCGACGCCGGGCAGCAACGAUUACUUUCCAGCGGCGGCCGCGUACACGCCCAACUUGUAUCCAAACACACCGCAGGCGCACUAUGCAAACCAGGCGGCCUAUGGGCUGGGCGGCGGCGGCGGUGCGCCGGGCGGCGGACAGUCCAAUCCCGACAUGGUGGACUACACACAGCUGCAGCCGCAGCGCUUGCUGCUGCAGCAGCAGCAACAGCAACAGCAGCAGCAGCACGCUCAUGCGACGGCUGCCGCUGUGGCACAGCAACAGCAACAGCAGCAGCAGCAGCAGCAGUUGCCGCAGCAGCAACAACUCCCGCAACAACAGCAGCAGCAGCAGCAGGCGAGCAUCAGCUGUAAGUAUGCCAACGAUCCGUCGACGCCCGUUGGCAACAACAACAACAACAACAGCAGCGCCAACAGCAACAACAACAACCAAUCGCUGGCCAGCCCGCAGGAUCUCUCCACGCGCGACAUCUCGCCCAAGCUGUCGCCCAGCUCCGUGGUGGAGAGCGUAGCCCGUUCCCUCAACAAAGGCGUCCUCGGCGGCAGUUUGGCCGCCGCCGCCGCCGCCGUCAGUCUCAACAACAACCACAGCGGCGGCAGUGGCGGCGGCGGCGGUGGCGGAGGAGGCGGUGGUGGCCCCGUCAACGUCAACGUGCCCAUGCACAGUCCGGGCGGCGACUCCGACUCGGAGAGCGACAGCGGCAACGAGGCGGGCAGCAGCCAGAACAGCGGCAACGGCAAGAAGAAUCCACCACAGAUCUAUCCAUGGAUGAAGCGAGUACAUCUCGGGCAGAGUACUGUGAAUGCCAAUGGCGAGACGAAACGACAACGGACCUCAUACACCCGCUAUCAGACACUGGAACUUGAGAAGGAAUUCCACUUCAAUCGCUACCUGACGCGCCGGCGACGCAUUGAGAUCGCGCACGCGCUAUGCCUGACGGAGCGACAGAUCAAGAUCUGGUUCCAGAAUCGGCGCAUGAAGUGGAAGAAGGAGCACAAAAUGGCAUCGAUGAACAUUGUGCCAUACCACAUGGGCCCCUACGGCCAUCCCUAUCACCAGUUCGAUAUCCAUCCGUCACAGUUUGCGCAUCUGAGCGCAUAGGACGCGUGGCACUUUUCGGGUACUGGUUAGAGACUCAAUCAGUUGUAUCAGGAACCAUAUCAGGCGGCGGCAGCGGCCAGCGUGGCCGGCGGCUAUCAGUCCCAGGGCCCUCAGGAUCCGACCGCAUCGGCAUCGGUGCUGGGCAGCGUCAGCGUCGGCGCCAAUGCCAACGGCGGACCUGGCAGCACCAUUGGCACCGGCAACGGUCCCAACUCGCUGUUCAGCUCCGCCGCGGCGGUGGCCAAUGCCAGCAAUACCAAUGCCGACUGCAUUAAAUAUCCUCAAGAGUUCUGAUCUCAGGUUAUCAUCAGGCAGCAGCAGCAGCAGCAGCAGCAGUCAGAGCAGUCACAGCAGUCACAGCAGACACAGUCGCAAUCACUUGAUCCGCUGCUGGACUCGGACUGUGAGCCCGAUUCAGAUUUGGGUCUGGAGCUGGAGUACAAAGCGGACAUUGUUGGCUGUAAUUUGUUCUGCUGCUGAGCCGGUGCCUGCGCCAUUUGCCAUUUGCCACUGCCUCGCAUUCGCAUCCGCAUCCGCAAUCUGCAUCCGCAAUCCGCAAUCCGCCGCCGCUGUCGAUCGACCAACAUCAAAGACGAUGCUUCUUGUUUGCAACUGAUUCGUGUUAAGCUGAGAAAUGAGCCGUAGCUGGAGCGCGGCUCAUUUGGGUUUAUGAUACUGGAGGUGGAACUGUGCGCACUCGUCUAGUUCUCUCUAGACCUGCCUGCACACACAGACACACACACACACACACCGACUCACAAACACACACACACGCUCACACACACACAGCUUGAGCCUUGGGCUCGGAGCUGGGGCAAGGAUCUGGAGUUAACUUUCGAUAGCUGCUGCCACGAGACGUCCAGUAUGAUAAACUUCUUUCUCUAAGCAGUAUUCGAAAAGCAAUUAGUCAUAAGUCUAGCUUAAAUUAUAGCUCUAAGUCCGCACAGACGAACAAACUAACUAAAACAUAAAUAGGUUAAACAAAAACCAAUUUGAAACAAACGUAAUAUUUGCAAUAAUUUCAAAGUGAUUUCUACUAAAAUUAGUUUUCGUUUAAUGCCUAAUUCUAAUUCUAAUUCAUGUACUUAAAAGCUACCAGCACAUGGCAUCUAUGUACAUACAUAUAUAUAUGUAUGUAUGUAUAUCUGUGUCCUCUAUAAGGCUUCGUUCAGUUUGUAUAUAGCAGAGCGUCUCACUCUCAAUCGGCGCCUUAUUAUGUUUGUGUUUCAUUUUUAAAUAUAUAAAUUGUUUGGCUCGAGAGCUACUUAGAAACAAGAUGUAAGUUUUGCUUUGCUCGUUUUGUUUAUUUCUUAAAUCGAAAAUCAUUUCACAAUUUGGAGAACAAAUUCGGAGAUGAAACAGGGAAUUUGGCUAGCUGGCAAAAUGUGGCUCAAUUUCAAAUACUUAGCACAAUUUCUAUAGCAAAGCCCCAACCAGACGCUCUCUCAAUGUUAUCUUUUAUUCGAUUAUCGUAUCAGUCUUAUGUCUGUAAAUCAAAAGAACUAUAACAAGUCCUUAACAUAUUGUCUCCUAGCUUAAGUGUGCAUUACAACUUGAAACCUAAAUUAAGCAAUGCGCAAAUUGUUAAAACCUAAAAUAAUAAUACAAAUCAAUUUUAAAAACAAUAAAAUAACAACGAUGAAAAACAGAAGAAAAAGUAAACUUAUACGUAAAUGUAAUGUAAUUAUUUAUGCUGUACUUUUUGCUAAGCUAAGGUUAGUGCAUUCUAGAACCUAUCGGUAGUCUAUGUGAACCUAGACCAUAAGCCUAAAUUAUAUUGAAUUAGCAUGACAAAUUUUAGUAAAAAUAAAAACUAUAACAAGAA